AUGGCUCGAGGCAGAGGUCGUGACAAGUCCUUAGGUAGGAGUAAUCCUGCUAUUCACGUAAGCAUGCCAACUAUUCCAAUGCCCACUAUAGUUUCUCCUAACCAAGGUGGUACCCCAAUCAUUGACGCAUCAGCUCAAAUUAACACCCCAACCAUAUCUGAGACACCUCAAAUUACACAAAAUCAGAGUAAUCCAAUAGCUCAAGAUCUGUCUACUCAGAGCAUCCCAACAUGUCAUGGCAACCCAACUGCUGAAGGUGAUAUAUCCACUCAAAGCAACCCAACAGGUCAUAGAAACACAAUUGCUGAAGAUACUAAUAUUACUUUUGAUUUACACAAGUUGGAACCUUCUAUAACAUGCUCUAGUUUCAUAACCAAGUCUUUUAGAAGUGAAGUUGAUCCCAAUGGAAUCAAUUGGAGAAGUAUUUCAAAUGAUGUAAAAUAUGGUUAUUUUGGAGAAUUCAAGAAAAAAUUCUAUUGGGAUGUUUCCAUUAGUGAAAGUGAAGUAAAGAGACACUGGUUGGCUAAGGCAGCUGUAGUUAAAUUAAUGUGGAAAUUCAGAAAAAGAACAAAGGAGAACUUAAGAAUAAUGAAAGAUUAG